AUGUUUGAGCAAGACAUCAUUAAACCUUCUAUGUCCCCGUGGUCGUCUCCUAUCUGGGUGGUCCCGAAGAAACUUGACGCUUCAGGACAUCGCAAAUGGCGUGUAGUUAUUGACUACAGAAAAUUAAACGACAUUACUAUUGGAGAUAGCUACCCUAUUCCUCAAAUUUCCGAAAUCUUAGACCAACUCGGACAAAGCAAAUACUUCUCCACUCUUGAUUUAGCCUCUGGGUUUCAUCAAAUUCCCAUCUGGGUAGAAGACACACCCAAAACAGCUUUCAGUGUUCCUCAAGGGUACUUUGAAUUUACUCGAAUGCCCUUUGGCCUUAAAAUGCGCCAGCUACUUUCCAACGUCUUAUGA